AUGUCAGGCACAUUCGCUAUGCCUCACCAGCUGACAGGCGGUGCAGGCUACAAAGCCAACUCCACCUCUGACGAAUGGCUCCGCAAACACAGUGGUUUCUACCGCAAGCACAGCGCCGCCUCAAGCGCCCAAGAAGGCGACCGUCGCGCUUCCCAAGCCAGCACCGACCUCAACGCUCAAGCCGCAGAGGCCGUACGAAACGUUGAGGCUGAGCGCAGAGGUUCAGCGACUCUUCACACGGCAGCCGGCGGCGCAGCCACCGCAAACAGCAGAAAGGGAAGCGUUGUUGUGGCGAGUGAUGCUGAUAGGAGAGACAGUCUUGUUGGCAUGGAGGCUACAGCUGGAACGCAGAUGGAUCCUGGCCGAAGAGGAAGUACAAGUCUCGCGAGUGAUUUAUUGAAGAAGAUGAAGGGUAACAAACAAUAG